AUAAAUAAAUGGACCCUCCUCAUCCUCUCUUCACUCAACACAUUAAACAAUACAUAUUUCAUAAAACACACACCUCUCUUAUUCAAGCCACCUCUCUCUCUCUCUCGAGACGUAGCUAGUCCACCAAGAUGUGCGGUGGUGCAAUUAUUUCUGACUUUGAACGUCCUCCGCUGACAACUGGCAGCCGGAAAGUGAACAAACAUGACCUUUGGGAUCAACCAGGCUUUGCUUCUACCUUGCCACAACUAUCUGGCAGCUGGACUGAUCACUUCGAUGCAAAACUCCCACAACUUCCUCUUCAUGGUCGACCUCUUAAGCCCAAGAAGAUCAUCACCAAAGAGGAGGUGAGUGAGGAGGGUGAGAAGCUGAGCCAAGAGGGCAAUAAGAGAAGUCGAAAGAACAAGUACAGAGGGAUCAGGCAGAGACCCUGGGGCAAAUGGGCUUCCGAAAUUCGUGAUCCUCAGAAAGGUGUCCGAGUCUGGCUGGGCACCUUCAGCACCCCGGAAGAAGCAGCCAGGGCUUAUGAUGAGGCCGCCAAGCGUAUCCGCGGCGACAAGGCCCGGCUCAACUUUCCAGAUGACCACCCACCUGAACCAGUACCACUACCACCUCUAGCCAAGAAACAGUGCACGCCUAAGGCAAUUACCGAAAUAAAUUCUCCGAAUUUUAGCAGCCCUCUGAUGGGAAUGGAGUUUUCGACAACAUUUCAGCCUCCUAACUACUGUGCAAGUCAUGGUGCUGAUGAGUUGGAGCUGAAGGAUGAUCACCAGGUUUCGAACAUGGAAUCAAGCUUGUUGGGAUGGGAGGCUGAGAUCAUGAGCCAGAUUGGCGUGACUGAAUCUGAUGUUUAUCGGUGGAUGAUGAUGGAUAACCUGGACCAGAUUGCUAAUCAUCUAAUGCAAGAGUUUGAGUGAAAUAACAAAAAAAUGAUGCUUUGAGUGAUUGUAUAUAAAGAUCAUAAAAAUAAUGUCGGUGCGUGUUUUUAUUGUCAGGAUCAGCUUCAUGUGUGUGCGCGUUAAGGUUCAAUAUUGUUAAAAAAGCUAUUUCACAUCAGUUGCGUGUAUGCUGUAUGCGCAUAUGCUUCAAUAUCCUCGUUUGAUUAAUCGUUUUGUGUUUGUGUUUUGCCUGAAUAGAAUUAAGUAUUUGUUUGUGGUUGUGCUGA